CCACGCCGCUUUAUUGACGUUUCUUGGUUAUAUUUACCGCUUUUCCAGGUUAAAUGAGUGCUGUUUAUUUCGGAAAUUUUGUUCACUUUUUGGGGCCAGUAAAUGCCAAGCAUGAAUACGAUAAUGGGAGAAAGCUUCGUGGUAAACAUGGAUGAUUUUUCCGAUAAAUUGGGCUCGGCCAAUCCACCUAAAAAAUACAUAAUUGACCACGAAGGCACCAUGUUGGAGUGUGAAGGCACGUUGUCGGAAGCACCAGAUCAUGACGAAAACCACCUGCUGUCGAUGGAAACCGAUCCAGAUGGGCUCAGCUCAGAGCCAUCCCAUCUGGAAAUGAUACCUUUGGACACGGUCCAGGACUUCGAGCAGAACCUCAUGAACAAGCUGGACUCGGAUAUCAUGAAGAUGGUGGAUCCAGUCUCCCACUACGUGAUCCAGCAUAUGGACAUUAGGGCGCCGUUGUUCAAGCUCAGACGGCUCAUCGAGAAGAAGCUAAACAUGGACUUGUCCAACUACACUUUCACGCUUCAGGACAGUCAAACUCUGGAAGGCCACAAGAACUUGGUGGAUCAGUGCGUGCAAGGUGAGGGCCUAGUGCAGGUGAACGUGCAAGUGAAGCUCAUCUCCAAGAAGAUCGACAUUAUUGAUGUGCUGAAGCCCGCAAAGGACUACGUGCACUCAGAAGACAUAUCAAACGAUGAGGAUGAUGAUGAGGAGGAGGAGGAGGAGCAGCCAAUGGAGAACGAAGAGCCCGAGGAAAUCGUUGCCGAGGACGCCAACAACAUCGUCCAAUGGCAGGUGGACAUGCAGUACAAAAGAGAGCAGGAGCGCUUGAAAAUCCCUCCCGAUCCAGAGGAUUGGACGGUUUUGCAAGUGAGACACUGGCUGCAAUGGGCGGUGCGCCAGUUCAAUCUUUCCAACAUCAAGCUCAGCCAUUGGCAAAUGACGGGCAAAGCGCUAUACGAGCUCACGAUGGCGGACUUUCAAAAAAUCGUCCCCAACGAUCCAGGGGACGUGUUUUGGACCCAUCUGGAGCUGCUGCGAAAAAUGAAAUUAGUCGCCACCCGACGCGAGGACGCGCCCACCAACGCUGAGCCCGGAAAGGAGUUCAAGAUAACCACCAAAAACUCAAAGCUCAAAGUGAUUCCCAGCUACCGCUCACCUCUGAGUCCGUACGGGGCUUCCUUGGCAGGAAACAAGUCGGGCAACAAUGGCCAGAUCCAGCUGUGGCAAUUCCUGCUGGAGCUGCUCACUAGCAAGGAGUACAACUCGGUUAUUCAAUGGACUGGCAAAGACGCCGAGUUCAAGCUGAACCAUCCAGAAGUAGUGGCGAAUUUGUGGGGAGUGCGCAAGAACAAGCCCGCCAUGAACUACGAGAAGCUAUCCAGAGCUCUGCGCUACUAUUACGACGGCGACAUGAUUUCCAAAGUGCACGGCAAGCGAUUCGUUUACAAGUUCGUCUGCGACUUGAAGCAGCUGAUUGGCUACAGUGCGACUGAGCUGGCCAAUCUGGUCAAGUACGGCAACCCCAUGGUGAGGCCCCAGAAGCAAGUGUUAAGUUGAGUUGAUUGAGCCGCGUUGGUUCGCCCUAGGUUAAGAAGACUGUGAUAUUUGAACUCCACACGUCCAACGUGGGUUUCUGGGCUUUGUAAAGCAAGCCAUUAAAAGUUGGUUGGGUUUAUUAA